CACAGAGUUCAUGGAUGAAAUUCUCACGCUGAAAGACGCCGAAGGGAAUGAGUUCUACGAAAUGUUCCAGGUUCUUCCAUUAAGAUCCAACACCGAUUAUUACAAAGUGAUCCGCAAGCCGAUGUCGUACUCCAAGAUCCGCUCUACGAUCAAAAGCCUCAAGUACACCCAUCCGCAGCAGUUUAUCAACGAUCUGGCUCAGAUCACCUGGAAUGCUCGGUUUUACAACGAAAAAACGUCAAUCUACCACGAAUGUGCCGUUGUACUCGAUAAUUACAUUCAGCAGAACGUGAUCCCUGCUAUAAAAAAAGAUUCCUCUAUUCCUGGACAUUCUGAAGUCUACUACCCUAAUCUUGGCAAAUUACCGGGUGAAGACGAUUUUGUCAUGCAAAUCUCGUCGCCGACUCCACCGGCUCGUCAAUCAAAGUCUCGUGGUGAUUACGAGGACGAGGAUUACGAGGAGGAGGAAGUGGACGAGACCAGACAACAGGACGACGAUUACCAGGAUGAAGACUAUCGGGAGCCCAGUGCUGGAUCCAAUAUGAUGCAGCAUACAAAUCCGAUGCACCCUUUACAAGGAGGCUACAACAACGCAAUGCCAAAUUACAACCCAUCGGCAUAUGUGUCAAAAACAGAGGUUUCGCAGCAGUCUAACUAUUACUAUCCACCGACACGUAAUGUCGCAAAAUCUAACGACCAGUUACUUGAGAAUUGGGUUAAAAGAGGAAGACCUCCGAUUGUGGACCAGCCCCACGAACAGAGAAUUAAGAGUAUCAUGAGAGGUCUGAAGAAAAUCAAAGUUAAUGGAAAAACAAUCAUUACUGUGUUUGAUAAGCUGCCAAAUCAACAGGAUCAUCCUGAAUAUUACAGGAUUGUCAAAGAGCCAAUUUCUAUGCUGGACAUCAAGGGAUUGAUCAAGCAGCGACACUAUCAGAGUGUCGACGCUUAUAUGGCGGACGUUUUUAAACUCAUUGCGAACUCGAAGGCAUACUAUUCGGCCAACUCUGCCAUGCUUAACAACGUCCAUCUUUUGGAGUCCAACAUCACCAGACUGUAUCAUCUGGAAAUGCAGCGGCCAGACAGCGAUUACGGCGACGUUGUCACAUCCAAAGUGCCUGUUCCGUUUCUGGUUUACGAGGGAAGAACUUACAAGGUCGGAAACUGGGUUCUGCUCAAAAAUCCCAAUGAUCCUGAUAGACCGAUUGUGGGACAGAUCUUCCGAAUGUGGCAGGAACAUGGAAAGAGCUACGUUAAUGUAUGCUGGUACUACAGACCAGAAUGGACUUCGCACAGUUACGAUCGUUUGUUCCUCGAAAACGAAGUUUUCAAGACUGGCCAGUAUAGAGACCAUCCUGUGGAGGAUAUUUUGGGACCGUGCUACGUUGCAUAUUUCACCAGAUGGCUGAAGGGCGAUCCUGCUGUCAAAUAUGAAGGGCCGUUAUUUAUUUGCGAGUUUAGAUACAGCGACAGAGAGCUGUCUUUUGCAAAAAUCAGAACAUGGAGAGCUUGUCUUCCUGACGAGGUGAGACACAUUGAAGACCCAGUGACUCCAAUUGACAAGCCACGGGUCUUGAAAAAGUUUCCGUCUCCAAUAAAGUAUAUGCUUCCUCCGAACGCAGUCCCGUCAGAAAAGCCUCCUCCACCAACAAUCUUGAACCUCAAUGCUCCUCCGCUGGUGGGUGGCAUCCACAUCUUUGAGCCAGGACCGGACAGCGAGCCACACGACGAUCCAAACUACUACGAUGCUUCGCUGAAGAGCAACGAGUACAAAACGUACAUCCCACCGUCACCAAACAUCAGGCUACCGAUGCUACACUCAGACCAGACUCCUCCCCCUCAAAACAUGCCGAUUCCGCCGAACCCUGCCUCUGGAUACCCGUCAUCGAUGUCUAACAUGCAGCCGUUCAACUUUCAGCCGCCAUAUCAAAACAACGGAGUCUCUAGUUACAACAGUUACCAACAACAGCCUGUUGUUCCAUCGUAUGGGAACAUGUAUGGGGGCCAAAAGGUGGUGCAGACUCCAUACAAUAAUUUGGCCUACCAGUACUCGCCGUUCAAUCCUCCUUCGUACUCGCAGUCGUUCAUCCUGCCUACUUCGCAAGAGCUCAAGAUGCCAAAGGAGGUCAGAAGUCUCUACGAGCGGAUAGAUAACGCCAAUUUCCAGAGGUUCACCAAGAACCUUGCUCAGAACAAUUACCUCAAUGGAAGCACCGAUACGAUGAGCAAGCCUGACGAGUACCCGGAGGACGAGCUCACUCCAAUGCUGUGGUACAGAGGGCCACCCCAGUACGUUCCGAACCGUCUGGUUUCGCAGGAGGACUUUGAUAACGAGGACCUAGCAUUGCCUUUUGUCAAGAAGAAGCGUGUUGGCGAAGCGCUGCAGCCGGUGCGAUUGGGCCACAGUGCCACGUACCUUGCCUGGAAACUGGCGCAACGAGGUAAAGCGGCUUCUUCCAACGGCACGACUGCCUAGAUUGUAUAGUACGUGCCUUUCUAUAAAUAAAUGUACAUU